UCAGUCUAGGUGGUAUUCCGCCCUUUCCUGAAGGUCAAUUCAGUAGGAGAUUGGAGUUCGAGCUGGAGAGUCGCUACACUGCUGUGCUGUAAGUUGUCAUCGGAAUUUUUCUCUCAAAAUGCCACUUAAGAGCUGCCAUGCACGCCAGAUCUUUGACUCCAGAGGAAACCCUACUGUGGAGGUAGACUUGGUAACAGAUCAGGGACUUUUCCGUGCUGCUGUCCCGUCAGGAGCUAGCACAGGUGUCCAUGAAGCACUGGAACUUAGAGAUGGUGAAAAAAAUAACUACAUGGGCAAGGGAGUGAAAAAAGCUGUUGAUAACAUCAAUAAGAUCAUAUGGCCGGAGCUUUCAAAACAGAAUUUUGAAGCAACCCAGCAGAAAGAAAUUGAUGAAUUUAUGCUGAAGUUAGAUGGAACAGAUAAAAAGGAUAAAUUGGGAGCCAAUGCUAUCCUGGGUGUUUCACUUGCAGUAUGCAAAGCAGGAGCAGCGAAGAAGGGCGUUCCUCUCUACAGGCACAUUGCGGACCUUGCAGGCUACCCUGAUGUCUUGCUACCUGUGCCAGCUUUCAAUGUCAUUAAUGGUGGGAGCCAUGCUGGCAACAAGUUAGCUAUGCAAGAAUUUAUGAUAUUACCAACAGGUGCAAAGAGUUUCACAGAGGCCAUGAAAAUUGGUACUGAAGUGUAUCACAACCUGAAGAGUGUCAUCAAGAGCCGUUUUGGUCUCGAUGCUACAGCUGUAGGAGAUGAAGGUGGUUUUGCACCUAAUAUUCUGAACAAUAAGGAUGCCCUUGCUCUCAUUUCAGAAGCUAUUGAGAAAGCAGGCUAUACUGGUCUUGUAGAGAUUGGGAUGGAUGUUGCAGCAUCAGAAUUUUACAAGGAUGGCUCUUAUGACCUGGAUUUCAAGAACCCUAACUCUGAUAAAAGCCAGUGGCUGAGCAUGGAAAAGCUUGCAGCAUUGUAUACUGAAUUUAUCAAGGAAUACCCAAUUGUAUCUAUUGAGGAUCCAUUUGAUCAGGAUCAUUUUGAAGCUUGGACCCAUUUUACAUCACAAGUCAAGAUUCAAAUUGUUGGAGACGAUCUAACAGUUACUAACCCAAAACGUAUUGCCCUGGCUGCAGAAAAGAAAGCUUGCAACUGCUUGUUGCUGAAAGUAAACCAAAUUGGUACUGUGACAGAAAGUAUACAAGCACACCUUUUGGCAAAGUCCAAUGGUUGGGGCACAAUGGUCUCUCAUAGAUCUGGGGAGACAGAAGAUACAUUCAUAGCUGACCUUGUUGUAGGUCUCUGUACAGGACAGAUUAAAACAGGUGCUCCAUGUCGUUCGGAGCGGUUGGCCAAAUACAAUCAGUUGCUGCGCAUUGAAGAAGAGCUGGGAUCUGCUGCAAAGUAUGCCGGCAAGAAUUUUCGCAAUCCUGUCUAAAGGUUUCCUUAUGCCCGUUUGAGCAAUUUGAUGUGUUGGCUUUCAGGAAAUGUACUGCCCUAUUUAUUGAAUCACUAAAACUUGAGGUGUUAGCAAUAGUUGUAUGGGGAAAACUGUUAACUGAACAGUAUGUUUAGAGUGAGAAUUAUCAGAUCUAUAGGGGAAUGUAAAACAUUUUCUGUUGACAUUUCCAUUUUGUUGCAAUGUGGUGUUCAUUCCUGUACGACUAGUUUUCUGUUGUAAAGUGAGCAGAUGAAUAUACUAUCUUGAAUGUCAUCAGUGAGAAGUGUAUAACUGAAUGUAAGAAGUUGAUAAAUGUUUAUUAUUUGUAGUGGCAAUAUUUAUAACACCUCAGUGUUCCUUUGUACACUCCCUUAAGAAACUAAAGUGUAUGUGAAUGUGAAAUUCUGACAAUAAAAGAUAAAACUAUU